CCGCCCGGCGUCCUCGCUCCCGGGGCGUCGCCCCGCGUGCACUGCAGUCGCCGAGGCCACCCCCAGCACCGGAAGUGACCCUGACGGGUUUGCCUUCAAAUUCUUGGUGAGCUGAAGCAGCACUGAGGGCUGGUGACGGUUGGCCACCGCCGUCCUGGGGCCGUGAGCACGGAGCAGAGUGGUUGGGGCUGGGCAGGGCCCUACUUCCUAGCCGCCCUGAGCAACGCACGGCCGUUCCCCUCCGCCUGGCGGUGGGCGGUUUCCCAAGGAUCGUCGGCAGCCACAGCUUAUGAUUGAGCAUGAGUCUUGUUAUGAUUAGUGAGAAUGUAAAACUGGCCCGUGAGUAUGCGCUGCUGGGCAACUAUGACUCUGCAAUGGUGUAUUAUCAGGGCGUUCUUGACCAGAUGAACAAGUAUCUGUACUCAGUCAAAGAUACCUAUCUCCAGCAGAAAUGGCAACAGGUUUGGCAGGAAAUAAAUGUGGAAGCUAAACAUGUUAAGGAUAUUAUGAAAACACUGGAGAGCUUUAAGCUAGACAACACUCCACUGAAAGCUGCACAACAUGAGCUUCCAGCCUCUGAAGGGGAAGUCUGGUCCUUGCCUGUACCUGUUGAACGAAGACCCUCACCAGGACCUAGAAAACGCCAGUCUCCUCAGUACAGUGACCCUAAGCCACACGGUAACCGUCCAAGUACAACUGUCAGAGUUCACCGUUCAUCUGCACACAAUCUUCACAACGACAGAGGGAAAGCUGUUCGUUGUCGGGAAAAGAAAGAACAGAGUAAAGGAAGAGAGGAAAAGAACAAAUCACCUGCUGCAGUUACCGACCCAGAGACAAGUAAAUUUGAUAGUACUGGAUAUGAUAAGGACUUAGUAGAAGCUUUGGAAAGAGAUAUAAUUUCUCAGAAUCCCAAUGUUCGAUGGGAUGAUAUUGCUGACUUAGUAGAAGCUAAAAAGUUGCUUAAGGAAGCUGUGGUGUUACCAAUGUGGAUGCCAGAAUUCUUUAAGGGCAUUAGGAGACCAUGGAAAGGAGUGUUGAUGGUUGGCCCACCUGGCACAGGAAAGACCCUCCUUGCUAAAGCAGUAGCUACGGAAUGCAAGACAACGUUCUUCAACGUGUCUUCGUCAACUCUGACUUCCAAAUACAGAGGGGAGUCUGAGAAGCUUGUUCGUCUUCUGUUCGAAAUGGCUCGAUUUUACUCUCCAGCCACCAUAUUUAUCGAUGAGAUAGAUUCCAUUUGUAGUCGCAGAGGGACUUCUGAAGAGCACGAAGCAAGCAGAAGGGUGAAAGCCGAGCUGCUGGUUCAAAUGGAUGGUGUUGGAGGUGCUUCUGAAAAUGAUGACCCUUCCAAAAUGGUUAUGGUUCUGGCAGCUACUAAUUUUCCCUGGGAUAUUGAUGAGGCAUUAAGACGACGUCUUGAAAAAAGAAUCUAUAUUCCAUUACCAUCAGCAAAAGGCAGGGAGGAGCUGUUACGAAUAAGUCUACGUGAACUGGAAUUGGCUGAUGAUGUUGACCUUGCAAGCAUAGCAGAAAAUAUGGAAGGUUAUUCAGGUGCGGACAUUACCAAUGUGUGCAGGGAUGCAUCCUUGAUGGCAAUGAGAAGGCGUAUUGAAGGUUUGACCCCAGAAGAAAUCAGAAAUCUUUCAAGAGAAGAAAUGCACAUGCCUACAACUAUGGAGGAUUUUGAAAUGGCUUUAAAAAAGGUCUCUAAGUCCGUUUCUGCUGCAGACAUUGAGAGAUAUGAGAAGUGGAUAUUUGAGUUUGGAUCAUGCUAAAUUCUCACAUGUAAACUGUGAGAACCUGCCUUAAGUGUUUGAGUAAUAAUUAAAUGUAGUAUUUCAUUGCACUGAGUGCUAUUUUUUUUUUUAACUUUGAUAAUGGUAAGAUUUAAAAAAAAGUAUGAUUCUGAAUAAAGGCAAUUUUUUAAAGCUG